UGGCGGGGGUGGCAAAGUGAUUAAAGGUGCUAUGAAUUCAAAGUUUUCUUCCGACGUAACACCUGAAACAGUAGAAAAGUUGGAACAAGAACGUAAUCAUUUAGAAGAACAAUGGAAAAAAUUUAAUGAAGAAUUUAGAUCUCUAGAAUCUCAACUUCAAGAAAAAAAGAAUGAACUUCCUAGUUUGGAACUUGAGCUAUCGAAAUUGGAGAUGGAUUCUAAUACUUGUGUGAAGCGUAUUUCCGAUACUGAGAAAAGAAUAUCUGAUUUACGGUAUGUUUUCAAGAUUGAUUUAAUUAAUUAUUGAUAAUAAUUUAUUUUUCUUUUCCAUUAAGGCAACAAAAUAAGCCGAAUGUAGAAGAUGUCAGGCGUAUGGAACAACUUCGAACGCAGAUAGACUCCCUAACGCAAGAACUGGAGAGAUUGAAAAGACAAUCUUCUAAAAUAGAAGAGGAGAUUAAGAGUUUGCAAGAUAAAAUUUUAGAAGUUGGAGGAGAUAGGCUUCGAGCUCAAAAGUCUAAAGUAGAUCAAAUUAAGGAGCAAAUAGUUAUAACAAAUGAACGGAUUACAAAAUCACAAGUUGCGAAAUCGAAAGCGGAAAAAGAUAUAACUAAGUUCGAAAAUUCACUUUCAAAAAAUAAAAAAGAACUAGAAGAAUUGGAUAAUGAGAUUAAGGAACUUACAGAAGAAAUUCAACAAAAUGCCGAAGCUGCUCAUUCUAUUCGUGCUAGAGCCGAUGAAACUAAAUCGAUAUUAGAAGAUAAAAAAAGCGAGUUGGAUGAAAUCAAGGAGAAGCUUGAUGAAAAAACCGAGAUAAUUAAUAGGAUUAGAGCUUUUGAGCUAGAAAUUAAAAACAAGCUGGAAGAUAGCGAACGUAGUUUGUUAGAACAUAAAAAUACAGAAGAUAAAUGGAAGAAUGCUCUUUGUGAUCUUUCACUUCAUAACAUUUCGGACGACGAAGAGCAAGAUGAAUUCCAACUUUAUACUGAUGAUGAACUCGAUGCAAUGAGUGAAAAUACUAUACUAGGAGAGAUUAACGUUCUUGAAGAGAGAAUAAAAAAUGCCAAUCCAAAUCUGUCCGUCUUGAACGAGUAUCGUAAGCGUGAAAAAGAGUACAUGUUACGUGCAAAAGAUCUUGAAGAAAUUACGACCAAAUGCGAUGAAUGUAAAAAUGAAUACGACAGCUUAAGAAAACAAAGAUUAGAAGAAUUCAUGCAAGGAUUCACUAUAAUUUCACAAAAACUCAAAGAAAUGUACCAGAUGAUUACGCUUGGGGGAAAUGCUGAGCUCGAAUGCUGUGACAGUUUAGAUCCUUUUUCCGAAGGUAUUAUUUUUAGUGUCAUGCCUCCAAAGAAAAGCUGGAAAAAUAUCUCUAAUUUGUCUGGCGGAGAAAAGACGCUUAGUUCUUUAGCUUUGGUAUUUGCUCUACAUCAUUAUAAGCCUACACCCUUAUAUGUUAUGGACGAGAUUGAUGCAGCUUUGGAUUUUCGUAAUGUAUCAAUCGUCGCUAAUUAUAUCAAAGAACGCACCAAAAAUGCACAAUUUGUUGUUAUUAGUUUGCGCAAUAACAUGUUUGAAUUAGCGGAUCGUUUAAUAGGGAUUUAUAAAACUUAUGAUAAGACAAAAUCUAUUACUAUUAAUCCACAUGAAAUUGAAGCGCAAUCGUUUUUAGAAAGUUAACAUCCAUCUUUAUAUUCCUUAUAUUUUGCUUAUUGGAACAAAGCCGUUGGAUUAUUCAUUGUUGUUUAAUUACUCGAAUCUACGUAUGAUAAUCAAUUUAUCAUUGUAGACGUUUCACUAAUGUCAAUGGAUUAAACAUUGUUUCUUCAUUCUCAUUUUUCUCGUCAAUCGGAAUCACAAUAUAGAUUAUAUAGAU